AUGUCGUCAUCGUCGAUAAUAGGAUCGCAGGGCGCCGGCGUGGGGGGCAAACUGACUCCGCACCUGGAUGAGCAAGUAACCAAAACGCUCAACCUCACUGUUUUGCAGAGAACGGACCCAUUCAUCAAUGAGAUUCUCAUGACCGCCGCUCACGUCACCUUCUACGAGUUCAACGUCGAUGCUUCCCAAUGGAGCCGCAAGGAUGUUGAAGGGCCUCUCUUUGUAGUCAAGAGGAACACCCAGCCGCGGUUCCAAUUCGUUGUUAUGAAUAGGCUGAAUGAAGAAAAUCUUGUGGAGAAUCUCUUGCAAAAUUUCGAGUUUGAAGUCCAACUUCCAUAUCUAUUAUAUCGCAAUGCUGCACAAGAAGUCAAUGGUAUUUGGUUCUACAAUUCAUGUGAAUGUGAGGAAGUUGCAAAUCUCUUUACUAGGAUACUGAGUCCUUAUUCAAGGUUUCCUUCAAAGCCACAAGUAUCCUCAAGUAAAAGUGAGUUUGAGGAACUUGAAGCAGUCCCUACCAGUUCAGUGAUUGAAGGGCCACUAGAACCAUCAUACAUUGCUUCUGCAGAUCUACACCACGACUCCUCCUUUGUGAACUUCUUUAGUAGUGCUAUGCAUAUUGGAAAUGAGUCUUCAAAAGUCAAAAAUCCUUCUCUCAACAAUCCUCCUGUAGUUCCUCUAUCCUCCAAUGUUCUUGGUGUUGGCCCUUCCACUCCAACUUUGCUAGCUACAUCACUUACAGUAGCAGCUCCAUCAACUGCUCCAGUGUCGUCCCUUCAUGCUGCUAGUGAACAAAGCAAAAGUGGUAACUGGGUUGUCAAUCUAGUCAAGCCAUCAUCUUUCUUCUCGCCCACUUCAACUUCUACCUCAUCUGUUCCAACUUCUGCUAUUCAUCUUCCCGCAAAUAUGCAACGGCCACAUGGUUCUUCAAUGCUUCAACCUUUCCGACCUCCUACACCACCGGCAUCUCUUACCCCCGAUUCCGUUUCUGUUCCAAAUUAUGGACCUGUAAGCAGGGAAAGAGUUCGGGAUGCGCUUUUGAUGCUAGCUCAGGACAAUCAAUUCAUCGACAUGUUUUACAAAGCGUUGCUGAAAGUGCAUGAACGGUGUUGGUGA